GUAUUGUUGUCCAUGCCACCAAAAAUGUCUGACCGAGUCGAAGCAUUGGAGGAGAAAAUGGCAGCAAUGGAAGUAUCAGUACGUCAGUCAUUGGCGGAAUUUCGCCAAUCCAUUUUGGAGGAGUUUGCUAAGUUGCAUACAGAACGACGUGAGGUUUGUCAAACAUCUCCAUUUUUGGGAAUGGAGUCUGGAGCCGAGUAUAAGAUGUCGGCGAAGAAGGUUGAGUUGCCGUCUUUUGACGGCAUUGACCCUGUGGGGUGGAUUACACGGGCAGAGACAUAUUUUGAGGUGCAAGGCUCGACCGAGGAGGUGAAGGUUCGUUUAGCCAAGUUGAGCAUGGAAGGUGCAACCAUUCAUUGGUUCAACCUUCUACAAGAAUCCGAGAAGGACUUGUCGUGGGCCCAGCUGAAACGAGAGUUGAUAGGUCGUUAUGGGGGUCGUACCAGCAAUAAUCCUUUUGAGGAAUUAAAAGAUUUGUUGCAGACGGGUAGCGUUGAAGAAUAUUUGGCAGAGUUUGAAUACAUAUCGUCUCAAGUAUCGCGGCUACCAGAGGAGCAAUACCUAGGCUAUUUUAUUGGAGGACUGCGAUCAGAGAUUCGACGGAGGGUUCGCACUUUCAACCCUGUGAACCGUCUACAAGCCAUGCGUCUGGCUAGAGAUGUGAAAAUCGAAUUACAGGGUGAUGGAUUUCAAAGAAGAGGAGGAACACGUGUUUGGAAAAGUAAUCGGGAUUGGGGUACGGGUCAAGUGGACAAGUUUGGAUCUGGGUCAGGCCAAGGCCCAUAUCCAAUGAGGUUAGGAGUUGGACCAGACCCAACACAAGGGACAAAAUCCAAAUCAUUUUCGGUGAGUAGUUCGAGUCCCCACGAAUCAAGAUCUGUGACACCGCAGGGUAGUCGUGUAUCCGCGGACCGCACUCCGACCACCGAUCGCAAUCGUGGUACGAAGCACUUACCGUAUUCUGAGCUGAUGAACAGGAAGGCUCAGGGGCUUUGUUUCCGAUGUGGUGAGAAAUACCACCCUUUACACCAGUGUGCGGAGCGCCAGUUGAGAUUGGUGGUGUUAGCAGAUGACGAAACAAUUAAUGAAGAGGGGGAGGUUAUCGCGAUUGAGCUGCGAGAGGAGGAAGCUGAUCGUACCUUGGAAUGUGGGUCUAUGGGGCUGUUUGCGGAAGUCGAAAUAUCGUGUGGGGGUCGGAAUCGUCCUUCAACCUUGCGUUUAGAGGGUCGUCUCCAUGGAGUAGCUUUGGGGGUGUUGAUUGACAGUGGGGCUAGCCACAAUUUUAUUUCUCCUCAUGUGGUGGUUGCAAUGGAGUUGAAAGUCGACAAAGGGAAAUCGAUGGGGGUGCGUUUGGGAGAUGGGCACAAGGUGUCAACUGUGGGAAAAUGUAAAGAGCUGGAAAUUCAAUUAGGAGAAUUCUCUACUGUAGUAGCGCCAUAUGUGUUAGAGUUGGGAGAUGUAGACAUGAUUUUAGGAGUUGCUUGGUUGCAGAGAUUUGGGAAGGUCACUUUCGAUUGGGAGGAGAUGACUUUGAGUUUUGUUUGGCAUGGCAAACAGAUAGAGUUACACGGUCAGAAACAAAAGAAAUCUGGACAACAAGGGCAAACAGUGACUUCCCUCCAGAGUUUGGUUAAAGGGAAUAGUCUUGAUGAAAAGUCCAAUUUGAAACAAGGGUUGUCUGAUAAACAAGUUGGAGAUAUUCGACAAAUUUUAGCAAAUUUUGCGGUUGUCUUCCAGGAGCCACAAGGACUACCACCAUGCAGGGCUGUUACUCAUUCCAUUGAAUUGCAGCCUACAACGGGGCCGGUUAGUGUGCGUCCUUACCGAUACCCAUAUCACCAUAAGGAGGAGAUUGAAAAACAGGUUGGGGAGAUGUUGAAGCAGGGAAUUAUUAGACAUAGUUCAAGUGCGUUUUCCAGCCCUGUCAUUCUUGUUAAGAAGAAGGACGGAUCUUGGCGCAUGUGUGUGGAUUAUAGGGAAUUAAAUAGGGUCACAAUUCCUGAUAAAUAUCCCAUUCCAGUUGUAGAAGAGUUAUUAGAUGAGUUACAUGGAGCGAUUUAUUUCUCAAAACUAGACUUGAAAUCGGGAUAUCAUCAAAUACGUAUGACGGAGGAAGACGUUCAUAAAACGGCUUUUAGGACACAUGAGGGUCACUACGAAUUUUUGGUGAUGCCUUUUGGGUUGACUAACGCCCCGGCCACUUUUCAAUCAACCAUGAAUAAUAUUUUCAAGGCAUAUUUACGAAAGUUUGUUCUAGUAUUCUUUGAUGAUAUACUAGUGUACAGCAAAGGAUGGGGGGAGCAUUUGAAACACGUAGCUAUAGUGUUGAAGUUGCUGCGUGAACAAUACCUUAAGGUAAAUGGAAAGAAGUGUGUUUUUGGGAGUAGGCAAGUGGAAUAUUUGGGUCAUUUAAUUUCUGAAAAGGGAGUGGCAGUGGACCCAGAAAAAAUUAAAAGUGUGUUGAAUUGGCCUAUUCCUCAUAAUGUAAAGGGUGUAAGAGGUUUUUUGGGCUUGACGGGGUACUACCGAAAAUUUAUUGCGAAUUAUGGUAAGAUUGCUAGACCUCUCACGGAAUUGACAAAGAAGGACGGAUUUCAUUGGGGUCCUGCAGCAGAGUUGGCUUUUGAAGAAUUAAAAAAGGGAUAGGGGCAGUGUUGAUGCAAGACGGUCACCCAAUAGCUUAUUUCAGUAAAGCUUUGUCACCCACCAAUUUAAAUAAAUCAGCCUAUGAAAAAGAGUUAAUGGCGUUAGUCUUAGCUGUCCAACAUUGGAGACCGUAUCUGAUUGGAAGAAGUUUCAAGGUGUAUUCUGACCAGAAAAGCUUGGGA